AUGAACUCAAGAAGUAAUAUGUUUCAAAUAUUAAGGCAGGAGGAUAAAAUAAAAAGAAAAAGUAAACAAAUUAAAGAGGGUCAGGAAAAAAAAGAAAAAAGUAAAGAGAAUGAAAAAAAGGAGGUAGCUAACUUUUCUUUUGAUAUAAGUAAAUACUCUUCAUGGGCUGACAUGGUUGAUGAGUAUGAUGAAUUUUUUUAUGAGGUUGAUAAGCUAAAGGGUCAAGGUGAAAAUGGAGUAAAUAAAAAUCAAGAGAAAAAAAAAAAAAAAAAAAAAAAACCUAUUGAAGAAAGUGAUGAAUAUAGUAGUGAUUCAGACGAUUCCGAAGAAAUCGAAAAUGAAAAUGAACAAAAUAAUUUAAGUUCAAAUAAAAUGAAUAUAAAUGGAAAAAAGAAUAAUACUCCAAAUAAAAAUAAACCUAAUUCACCAGAAAAAAAAAAGAAAAAAAAAAAAGAAAAAGUAAAAUUUGAUAAUAUAUUACUAGAAUUUGCAAAAAGUAAUAAUAUAAACAGUGAAAACAAACAAGAGGAAAAAAAUCAAACAGAACCUACCGAUUCUAAAAUAGAGAAAGACACCAAUGAUAAUAGUAAUGAUCCAAAAUGUGAUGAUAAUGAAAAUGUUAGUAAAUCAAAAAAAAAAAAAAAAAAAAAUAAAAAAAAUACGGGAAAUAAUGGAAAUACUGGAAAUGCUGAAAAUGCUGAAAAUGCUGAAAAUGAAAACAAUGGUGAUGAAUCUAUAAAUAAUUCACCAACUAAACAAGCUAACUUAUGUGACAUAAAUAAUAGUUCUCCUUUAAAUAGUAAGAACGAAGAUGAUACAAAGGAAAUCGGGGUUAAUGAAAAAAUAAAAUUAUUAAUGAACAAAGCUCAAAAUAAAAAAAAAAAAAAAGGAGGUAAAGUUGAUGAUAUUAUAGCUAUGGUUGAAAAGGAAGAGAAUUUAAAAAAAAAACAACAAGACAAAUUAAAACAAAAAGAGAAACAAAAAUUAAAAUUAUUACAAAAAGCAAUGAUGUAA